AUGACAACCAUAUCAACAUCUAAACUUAGUGUUACACCUCCAACUCAGCUUCAAUUAGCCCUGGCAUUGGCUGUUGUCAAGGGAAAACCACCAGGGCAAAGCGUGAAAGAAUACAUUUUGCAGAUUCGGCACUUCAUUAAAAAGACCAAGGACUUGGGCCAAAUUGUUGCAACAGACAAGUUCUUCGAUAGCGUCUCUUUCUGGCAACAGGCAUACGAACGGUCCGAGGCAGGACAGAGCAAGCUACAAGAUCAAGUCCAUGAGCUUAACCAGCGUAUUGAAGGCCUUCUUGUCAAACUGCGUGUCAAUGGCACUGCAAAUGACAAUGAGAGCUUGCCGGCAAACAAACGCAAGGCGUCUGCUGUUGGCAAGAAUACGAAUAGUUCAAACAUGGCCAAGAAACGCAUAAAGCUACCAAAAAAUAUGCAGAAAAGCAUACCAUUGAUGGAUGAUGAUGAUUCAGGAGAAGAGGAUGUCUUAUGUCUCAAUAGGCAUCUGCAUACCGUUCAAAAAGCCCUGCAAAGAAGGACAACUAGCAGCUCUGAGGCUAAUUCUCUGGCCGUGAAGGCAGUCAUCCUCUGCAAAUCCGCAGAGCAAAAACUGAUCCAAACUAUCCAGAGGGAGAGCAGUAUGACAGAGCAGAAACCUUCUCAGACAGGGCAAGCCAACAUGCCGGAUACACAUGAUGUUAUGAAUGGUGUGACAGUUGCUUUCCAUCUCACACACAAAGCAUUGCACAAGAUUGGCGGAGCCAAGAAUAGAAUGCAGCACCAAGGCCAAGUCAUUUACUACUUAGUAGGUCUGUUCGAAUCAACCAUGACAGCACUCACUUUGCAUUGUACUUCAAUAUCCAAGCAAAAGCCAGUCACCAAAAACACAAAAUCGAGUGGAGACCCAAAGCCUACCACGCAACCCGAAGAACAAAGCAAACGUCCAAAAGCGAACAGCUUAGCUACCAAGAAUGAAAUAACCUUUCGCCUUGCAGACCUGCUCUGCACGAUGGCCCUCUCCCUCAAUCUCACGCGCACCGAAGACCAGGAAGUAAUGGAAGGGUUUCUCUUCCUUGUCAUUGAUCGAAUGGGCAAAAUGCUAGCUCUUCACGUGUUCCAUGACCUGCGAUUGCCAAUGGGCAUCUGCCCCGGGAUGACGUUCCCAAACGGACUGGAGGCAAUGACUGACGAGUGUCUUGGGCCGAACGAGGCACAACUGGAAGCCAAGUAUCUGAUUCGGCUUCUGGAUAGAAUGCUUAAUGCCGAGUCCCGUCAAUCACCCCUCGAGGCAUCUGCUGCUCGGCAAUUUGUCACAAUAGCCAAAGAUCGUCUGCAAAAGUCUCUCCUCCGGGCUGUAUUCGGACCUGAUGAUCAUCUGUUUCGGGAGGGCCUGCGGCGUCCGCAUACUCCGCCUCCUCAGGUACUUGAGAAUAAACAGAUGGAUCAGAGAGAGUUUUCGGAUUGGCUUACACAGGAGCUGUGGCGGCUUGUUGGUUGGGAUGUGUUGAGGACCGUGGUUGCUCCAACCUAA